AUGGCAGCGAAGCAGACAGAGUCUGUCACCAUCAUUAGCCUUCGGGAGUUGAAUCUGGGGACCUCAGAGCCACAGCCAAAUGAGUCAAAGACAUUCACCGUGGAAGAUGCCGUGGAGACCAUCGGAUUCGGACGUUUCCAUGUUGCCCUGUUUCUGAUCAUGGGCAGCACGGGGGUUGCUGAGGCCAUGGAGAUCAUGUUAAUAGCCGUUGUGUCUCCAGUCAUCCGCUGUGAAUGGCAGCUGGAGAAUUGGCAGGUGGCGUUGGUAACCACGAUGGUGUUUUUUGGCUACAUGGUAUUCAGCAUCCUCUUUGGCCUCUUGGCUGACAGAUAUGGCCGCUGGAAGAUUUUGCUUAUCUCGUUCCUGUGGGGAGCUUACUUCUCCUUGUUGACCUCAUUCUCUCCUUCGUACAUCUGGUUUGUCUUCCUGCGGACCAUGGUGGGCUGUGGCGUGUCUGGCCAUGCACAAGGGCUGAUCAUAAAGACUGAAUUUUUACCUACAAAAUAUCGAGGCUAUAUGCUCCCCUUGUCUCAGGUUUUCUGGCUAGCCGGCUCCCUGCUCAUCAUUGGCCUGGCCUCCGUGGUCAUCCCCACCAUCGGGUGGCGCUGGCUCAUCCGCGUUGCCUCCAUCCCUGGCAUCAUCCUCAUCAUGGCCUUCAAGUUUAUUCCUGAAUCUGCUCGGUUCAAUGUCUCCACUGGGAACACUCAGGCUGCCCUGGCUACGCUGGAGCGCAUCGCCAAGAUGAACCGCUCAGUCAUGCCGGAAGGGAAGCUGGUGGAGCCCAUCCUGGAGAAAAGAGGAAGAUUUGCAGACCUAUUGGAUGCUAAAUAUUUACGGACCACGUUACAGAUCUGGGUCAUAUGGCUGGGCAUCUCCUUUGCCUACUACGGGGUCAUCCUGGCCAGUGCCGAGCUGCUGGAGCGGGACCUGGUCUGCGGCUCGCGGCCAGAGUCUGAGGUGGUGAUGACUGUGGGGGUCUCCGGGGAGAGCCAGGGCCCCUGCCACUGCCACAUGUUUGCCCCCUCCGACUACCAGACCAUGAUUAUCAGCACUGUGGGCGAAAUUGCUCUGAAUCCUUUAAAUAUCCUGGGCAUUAAUUUCCUGGGAAGACGGCUGAGUCUUUCUAUUACCAUGGGAUGUACAGCUUUAUUCUUCCUUCUUCUCAAUAUUUGCACUUCAAGUGCCGGCCUCAUUGGCUUCCUCUUCAUGCUGAGGGCUUUGGUGGCGGCCAACUUCAACACCAUCUACAUUUAUACUGCUGAGGUCUAUCCCACGACGAUGCGUGCUUUGGGGAUGGGGACCAGUGGCUCCCUGUGUCGCAUUGGUGCCAUGGUGGCACCAUUCAUAGCCCAGGUUCUCAUGAGUGCAUCAUUCCUGGGGGCCCUGUGUCUUUUCUCAUCUGUCUGUGUUGUGUGUGCCAUUUCUGCAUUUACUCUCCCCAUUGAAACCAAAGGACGGGCCCUACAGCAAAUUAAAUGAAGACCUGCAAACCUAUGUCUUCCAAAGGAGAAAAAUGUAUUUUUAUCUUCACAAAGAUCAGUGGCACAUUAAAAAACACCUGGUUUAAUUUCAGUAUGCUACUUCAUAGUUAAGAAAUUAUGUAUUUUUGAAAAAUAAGACACAUGAGAACGAAGUAGGUUAGCUGUAUAUACAGUCUCUCAGGGAAGAGAUCAAUAGAGAACUUUUAUAAAACAUACAUUAAGGUUGGCAAGGUGGAUCUAGGAGAGAUGGGUAGGGGAAAGGUGGCUUUCCUUCCUUGGCAUCAAGUCUGUUCAUGUUUAAGUAAUAUCAGACAAAACAUAUACUUGAUAUUCUCCCAUAAGGUUUAUAGCAAAAGCUGGACUGAAAUUUUGUAGCUAAGACAUGAAUUUGUGGUGGUAUCAUUAAGCCUUUCAAUACAAAUAGAAGUCAUCAAAUUCACAAUUAAAAUUAGAGUACUUGAAUUAUGACCUGCAUACUUUAUAAUGAAAAUUGCUUAUUCAUAAAAUAAUAUGCUUAAACUCACUGCAGUCUUGUAUAUAAUAACCAAAGGAGCUGGGAAUAAACUAAUUUUUCC